AAAGGGCAGACAUUCCGAUUAAUGCUUGCUUCACUUCUUGAAAUGGGUUAUCAGGUGAGAUUUGGUGUUCUAGAGGAUGGAGCCUUUGGUGUUUCUCAAUCUAGGAAAUGAACAUUCAUAUGGGCAACUUCUCCAGAAGAGACACUCCCAGAGUGGCCAGAGCCAAUGCACGUCUUUGCAGGCCCAGAACUGAAAAUCACAUUACCUACAGUGUGCUGCCGUCAAGAGUACAGCUGGAGGGGCACCCUUCCGUGUAAUAACUGUGAGAGAUACAAUUGGAGAUCUCCCACCUGUUGGAAAUGGAGCAUCUAAAACAGAGAUGGAUUAUGGAAAUGAUCCUGUGUCAUGGUUCCAAAAGCAAAUCCGUGAGAACAUGUUGGUCUUGAGUGAUCACAUAUCAAAAGAAAAGAAUGAGUCGAACUACAUCCGAUGCCAAAGAAUUCCAAAGCACCCAGGUGCUGAUUGGCAUGACCUACCAGAAGAAAAGGUUAAACUGUCUACUGGUCAAAUGGUGGAUUUGAUACCUCGGUGUUUGCCAAACACAGCCAAUAGCCACAAUCAGUGGAAGGGACUGUUUGGCCCUGAUGUACCAACAGAAGCAUUUCUACAAAGCUUUGGAGCAUUAUUAGGAUAUUCAGAUCUCCUACAACAACACGGAAAAGAAACAAAUCAAAGGCAGGAAGCUAUAGGUAACUUAAGACUUGUCUUGCAAACCCCAAACAUAAACCUCAAUUGUUUUAGACCUGACGUUUUAUCCACACCACAGCUUUACCUCCUUAGCGUUCCUGCAUCCAAACUCUUAAUCAGAUCUACAUAA